UACAUUUCCCUUGAUUUCCAAAAUUGGCCGAAUCUACCUAGUCAAAUACUAGUAGUAAAGCACAACUGCAUCAGUCAGAAACAAGCUGCAAAAAUCCCACAAAAAAGACUACUGAUUGUCUUUUCGAGCUGGAAUCUCUCUGUCAUAAAGUGUCAAUCUUUUCUCCUCCAGACUUCCAUGUGAACACUGAACUGCAUUGCUCAUCAUAUCAUUAUUGAAUGUGAUUUGGGUUUUGUCAAGAUCAAAUCUUUCUAUGAAUUUAUGAAGUGACUGAUUGCUGAAGAUCUCAAGUGUAUAUUAAGUUUGUUGAAUUGACAACCAUGGCUAUGGCCCCUACUGUAAAAGUGGUUCUUGGCUCAAUUGCAUUUGCCAUAUUCUGGGUUCUGGCUGUUUUUCCGGCUGUCCCGUUCCUCCCGAUUGGUAGGACAGCCGGAUCCCUGCUCGGAGCCAUGCUCAUGGUGCUCUUUCAAGUCAUGACUCCUGAUCAAGCCUAUGCUGCCAUUGAUCUCCCGAUUCUCGGGCUACUCUUUGGAACUAUGGUGGUUAGUGUGUAUCUAGAGAGAGCUGACAUGUUCCAGUAUUUAGGCAAAUUGCUCGCGUGGAAGAGCCAGGGUGCCAAGGACUUGCUCUGUCGGAUUUGCUUGAUCUCUGCCCUUUCAAGUGCCCUCUUCACCAAUGAUACGUCGUGUGUUGUGUUAACCGAGUUUGUGCUGAAAAUCGCAAGGCAGCAUAAUCUGCCGCCUCAUCCCUUUCUUUUGGCCCUUGCCUCCAGUGCUAAUAUUGGAUCUUCCGCGACUCCUAUUGGGAAUCCUCAGAACUUGGUUAUAGCUGUUCAAAGUGGGAUAACUUUCGGCACGUUUUUGUCUGGUAUCCUUCCUGCCAUGCUAGUGGGAGUGUGUGUCAAUGCUUCGAUCCUCCUAUGUAUGUAUUGGAAGCUGUUGUCCAUUCUAAAGGAUGAAGAGGAUGUAGCUUCGGAAGUUGUUGGCGAGGAUGAUGUGGUUUCUCAUCGCUUCUCACCUGCAACAAUGUCACAUCUCACUUCAGUUCACUCCCAAGAGUUCGCUUCUGCUUUGGAAACGAUGAAUCAUGUGGAGUCGACCCUUAGGAAUCGUGGUAAUUUGUCUGGUCCGAAUGGUCAAAUAGAUCAAGUUGAGGGGCUAAGCGACAGGGCGAGUUUGGGCAGAUCUGAAAUUGAAAGGGAUCCUAGUUCGCGAUUUGAUUCAAACAGAAAAUCAGAUUCUUCGAAAGAGAUUGGAGAUUCGGAUGAUCUUGUGAACGAAGUUGAGUGUCAUAGUUUUGCAGCAGCAUUUGCAGAAGAAAGGCUAGGAUUGCCAAAGAAGUGGAAAAGAGUCUUGUGGAAGGCAUGCGUUUAUCUCAUCACUUUGGGAAUGCUGAUAUCUUUGUUGGCCGGCCUGAAUAUGUCGUGGACUGCAAUCACAGCUGCACUCGCCCUCGUUGUUCUUGAUUUUAAGGAUGCCAGGCCUAGUCUGGAAAAGGUGUCGUAUUCGCUGCUGAUAUUCUUUUGUGGAAUGUUUAUUACUGUCGAUGGCUUCAAUAAAACAGGGAUCCCGAGUGCACUGUGGGAAUUCGUGGAGCCUUACACAAAAAUAGAUCACGCUAGUGGAGUAGCAGUUUUAGCUGCUGUUAUAGUUGUCCUCUCCAAUCUGGCUUCUAAUGUACCUACAGUGCUGCUAUUAGGUGCUCGAGUGGCAGCAUCAGCAGCGGCAAUAUCUCCAUCGAGUGAGAAGAAGGCGUGGCUGAUGUUGGCGUGGGUGAGCACGGUGGCUGGGAACCUUUCCCUGCUGGGAUCAGCAGCCAACUUGAUCGUGUGCGAGCAGGCUCGUCGUGCUCAGCACUUCGGCUACAACUUAUCCUUCUGGAAUCAUCUGAAAUUCGGGGUUCCCUCCACCAUCAUCGUCACGGCUAUUGGCUUGAUCCUCUUGAGAGGAUGAUGCACACAUUUUAUUUUACAAAGAAUUGCGUUUAUAGUUGAUGUUAAAAAUGUAAUAAUUCAAUUAAUUGAUUGAUAUUCGCAAGUAAACUGGUAUCAUUAUUCAUUUAACAAGGGCAUGAUCAAUAUCAAUUUUAAUGAA